AUGACAGCCUUCUGGGAAGAGCUGAGCUGUUAUGCUGACUCCACACCGAGGAGACCCCUGCCACACCACGAUCCAGCCACACGACGACCCCACGUCUGCAUGAGGACGCGGGAAUCACCGCCUCAAACAGCCCGCGGUGACUGUGCUGAGAGUGAGGUGACUGCACACUGCCACACUGCACGCCCUCAAUGCAGCACCCUGGCUGCCACAAUGCACGACCUCAAUGCAGCACCCUGGCUGCCACACUGCACGCCCUCAAUGCAGCACCCUGGCUGCCACAAUGCACGACCUCAAUGCAGCACCCUGGCUGCCACACUGCACGCCCUCAAUGCAGCACCCUGGCUGCCACAAUGCACUCCCUCAAUGCAGCACCCUGGCUGCCACACUGCCACACUGCACGCCCUCAAUGCAGCACCCUGGCUGCCACAAUGCACUCCCUCAAUGCAGCACCCUGGCUGCCACACUGCCACACUGCACGCCCUCAAUGCAGCACCCUGGCUGCCACACUGCCACACUGCUACCUCAAUGCAGCACCCUGGCUGCCACACUGCCACACUGCACACCCUCAAUGCAGCACCCUGGCUGCCACAUUGCCACACUGCUACCUCAAUGCAGCACCCUGGCUGCCACACUGCACACCCUCAAUGCAGCACCCUGGCUGCCACACUGCCACACUGCUACCUCAAUGCAGCACCCUGGCUGCCACACUGCCACAUUGCUACCUCAAUGCAGCACCCUGGCUGCCACACUGCCACACUGCACACCCUCAAUGCAGCACCCUGGCUGCCAAACUGCCACACUGCUACCUCAAUGCAGCACCCUGGCUGCCACACUGCACACCCUCAAUGCAGCACCCUGGCUGCCACACUGCCACACUGCACACCCUCAAUGCAGCACCCUGGCUGCCACACUGCCACACUGCUACCUCAAUGCAGCACCCUGGCUGCCACACUGCCACACUGCUACCUCAAUGCAGCACCCUGGCUGCCACACUGCCACACUGCUACCUCAAUGCAGCACCCUGGCUGCCACAUGCAUCUUUCAGUGUUCUGA